CCUCUCCUCAGCACUAGCUUUUCAUUCACCUAUUUCUCAUAUCACAGCGAUGGCACUCAGAUACCGCUUUGCGCAUCAGUCGGUGGGCGCAUGCGCUCGCAUGCAGCUGGCCGGGACGGGAAUCCAGACGCCGUGCAUUAUCAGGACUACGGGCAUUAUUCUUGGCACACGGAUGUACUCGAGCAAGCACACAGCCGCUGUGGCCAAGCCCGUCGAGCGCGCUGACCCGACCCUUCCUGGCCAGAGCCUGACCUUUAUCCAGAAGGUGAAGGGGUUUGUGUCGUUCUAUAAGGGCGGUCUCAAGGAGCUUUUGCAAAACAACAAGGCAGCCAAGGCAAUCGCUGUUAAAGUCCGGAAUGGCGAAGAGCUGACGCGGUCAGAAUUGCAAAUCCAACGGCGCACACCCGGCGACAAGCUGCGCCUGGUACCGUUCGGGUUCCUUGUAGUGAUCAUCCCUGAGCUAAUCCCGCUGACAAUUUGGCUGUUCCCCGGUGUGUGUCCGAGCACAUGCGUGACAUUCGGGCAGACGGUUAAGAUGGGGCGGAAGCAGGACGUGGUGCGGCAACGGCUGCACGCACAGGCUGUUCAGCGGAUCGCGGAGGCUGGGAUCAAGCCUGGUGAUUUGGCGGUCGCCAGCAAGCUGGGGAAGCUUGAUCACGAGAUUUUCCAGUUCGAGACCCUAGCAGAUCAGGAUGUGCAGUUGAUUGCCAGGUACAUGGGCGUGCGCGGCGGCUUGUUCGCCAAUGCGACGGCGCUGAAGACGAAGCUGAGGCUGGAACUUGAUUAUCUGCAUCAUGACGAUCAGCUGCUGGCAAACGAAUCGCUGGUAGGAGUUCUGGGGCUGACGGAGCUGCAUCGGGCGUGCCAGGAGCGCGGAAUCCCAACUGCAGAUUACCCUGAGCAACAGCUGCGUAACUCGCUGGAUGCCUGGACCAAGGUCUCGCAAGCAGCCAAGGGAGGGUCAGACAUGUUGCCGAUCGUUUGGAGCCGGCUGGCGCUGUUUAACAAGGCGAUCAAGGUUUGAGCUGCCAGUGAGAAAAACUAUAGGCUAGACUCUCCAUCACCUUUGAUAUGCGAAGAACAAUAUAGACAUCCUU